AUGGGCACCCUACGGGACCUGCAGUACGCCCUGCAGGAGAAGAUCGAGGAGCUGCGGCAGCGCGACACGCUGAUCGACGAGCUGGAGCUGGAGUUAGAUCAGAAAGACGAGCUGAUCCAGCGGCUGCAGAACGAGCUAGACAAGUACCGGUCCGUGCUCCGGCCCGCCACCGCCCAGCAGGUCCAGGCCCAGCAGCAGAGCCUCGUCAUGCAGCCGGACCAGCACCGCAGCAAGCGGCAGGCCAUCUCGGCCGAGCCCACGGCCUGCGACAUCACUGACCUCAGUCAUGUCACCCUGCCCUUCUACCCCAAGAGCCCGCAGUCGAAGGAGCUGAUAAAGGACGCCAUCUUGGACAACGACUUCAUGAAGAACCUGGAGCUGUCUCAGAUCCAGGAGAUCGUGGACUGCAUGUACCCGGUGGAUUAUGGGAAGGACGCCUGCAUCAUCAAAGAGGGCGACGUGGGCUCUCUGGUCUACGUGAUGGAAGAGGGGAAGGUGGAAGUGACCAAAGAGGGGAUGAAGCUGUGCACGAUGGGGCCGGGCAAAGUGUUCGGAGAGCUCGCCAUCCUCUACAACUGCACCAGGACGGCGACUGUGAUGACUCUGAUCCAGGUGAAGCUGUGGGCCAUCGACCGCCAGUGUUUCCAGACCAUCAUGAUGAGAACUGGACUCAUCAAACACGCCGAGUACAUGGACUUCCUCAAGAGCGUUCCCACCUUCCAGGGUCUUCCGGAGGAAACUCUCAGUAAACUGGCGGACGUCAUGGAGGAGACGCAUUACGAGGACGGCGAGUACAUCAUCCGACAGGGCGCCAGAGGAGACACCUUCUUCAUCAUCAGCAAAGGAAAGGUGAACGUGACCCAGGAGGAUCCGACCAAUCAGGAGACAACGCACCUCCGAGAGCUCGCCAGGGGAGACUGGUUCGGAGAGAGAGCGCUACAGGGGUAAGACCGCGAUGUGAGAACAGCCAACGUCAUCGCUGCCGAGGCCGUCACCUGCCUGGUCAUCGACCGAGACUCGUUCAAGCAUCUGAUUGGUGGAUUGGACGACGUUUCAAACAAAGGAUACGAAGACGCUGAGGCCAAAGCCAAGUACGAGGCGGAGAACGCCUUCUUCUCCAGCCUGAAGCUGAAGGACUUCAACAUCAUCGACACGCUGGGAGUCGGCGGCUUCGGGCGCGUCGAGCUGGUGCAGUUAAAGAACGAGGAGGCGAAGACGUUCGCCAUGAAGAUCCUAAAGAAACGUCACAUCGUGGACACGAGACAACAGGAACACAUCCGCUCAGAGAAACACAUCAUGACCGAGGCGCACUCCGACUUCAUCGUCAGGUUGUAUCGGACGUUCAAAGACAGUAAAUAUCUGUACAUGCUGAUGGAGGCCUGUCUGGGAGGAGAGCUGUGGACGAUACUGAGAGACAGGGGUUCAUUUGAAGAUUCGACCACCAGGUUCUACACGGCCUGCGUGGUCGAAGCCUUCGCCUACCUGCACGCCAAAGGCAUCAUAUACAGAGACCUGAAACCUGAAAACCUCAUCCUGGACAGCCGGGGAUACGCAAAGCUGGUGGACUUUGGUUUUGCCAAGAAGAUCGGUUUCUGUAAGAAGACGUGGACGUUCUGCGGGACUCCUGAGUACGUUGCUCCAGAGAUCAUCCUCAACAAGGGUCACGACGUCUCAGCAGACUACUGGUCUCUGGGCAUCCUGAUGUACGAGCUGCUGACCGGCAGUCCCCCGUUUUCAGGUCCAGAUCCGAUGAAAACUUACAACAUCAUCCUGAGAGGCAUCGACAUGAUCGAGUUCCCAAAGAAGAUCACCAAGAACGCCGCCAACCUCAUCAAGAAGCUCUGCAGAGAUAAUCCCUCAGAGAGACUUGGAAACCUGAAAAACGGAGUCAAAGACAUUCAGAAGCACAAGUGGUUUGAAGGCUUUAACUGGGAGGGUCUGAGGAAAGGAACUCUGACUCCACCCAUCACACCUGAUGUUUCCUCUCCGACUGACACCGGUAACUUCGACAGUUUCCCUGAAGACACAGAUGAGCCACCACCGGAUGACAAUUCUGGAUGGGAUUACGACUUUUAGUCCAGCCCACACCCAAACCCAAAGGCCUGACACCUUGCGAAUGAUGGUGAGGUCCAAAUCUCGGCUUCUCAUUAGGCUGCAGAAAGGCGAACUUCUUGUGCCAUUCGAAGUAUGUUGUUACUUGGGGCGCCUUACUACAACUUUGCUUGUGUUGUUCUUUAAGCAUUGCCGGACCUUGUGGGAGUGAAACCUCCGAUGUUUUGUAGCCACGUUAUGUCCCAAAGUGAUUUGUGUGUACAUAAGGCAGCUGAUGGAAAGGUCUCCAGGCUUCUCACUGAUAAAGUCAGUUCCGUCUAACAUGAGGAACUCAAGCUGCCAGAAGACCUACGAGCUGGAAGAUGAGGUGGAUCAAGAAUGAGGCAAACCAUCUGUGCACAUCUACAGUCUGCCCCCAUUUCCAGGACCAGGACGACUUGUUGAUCAAGUCUUUCAAAGUAGUAAAUAGGUUCUAGAGGUCUCCAGUUGGCGCAUACCUGGUCAAAAGGUAUGUUCUUGACUUUUACGACCUGAGAAAGUAAUCUUGAACUCUGGAACAUAAUCACAACAUACACAAAAAAUGUGCCCACGGGGCAGAAAAGCAAAGGCUAUGAGUAUUACUUUAAACCCAGAACAGCCCUGAUUCCUUGUUCGACUACAGCUGAGCUUUGGGUGUGAUCAUCCAUCAGCAGUCACACACUGUUGGUCUUGCUUUAGGUCAUCUGCAUUGCUGCAAGACAAUUCUUUACAAAAUCUUUAAGAGCAGGAAUCAGUCCUAAAAAUCUUAACUCGUAUGUGGUCCGUCUUCUUGGCAAAAGAGUGCAAACAUGUUCUUAACUUUCGCAAUCUGGACAUGUCAUCAGAUUUUAAAGAGCUCGUCAGAACAUAAUCGCUUCAUUAACACAAAUGUGCCAACGAUGCAUGAAAGAUAUUUUUGCAAUGCCCAGGAGUGACGUCAAGAAAUAUGAACCUGGAACAACAUGAUUCCUUGUUUGUCUGCUGCUGAACUUUGGGUAUCUUCACCCAUCAGCACACGGUCACAUGGUACGAGCCUUGCUGUAUCUCCAGUAUACUGCUGCAACACUUGGAGAUAACCUGGACUGAAAUUAGUGAUCGCCACCAGAAACCUGCUACUGAAACCCAUCAGUGAAGCCACAAAAGAUGAAAGCUGGCAAAUCUCACAGAGGCCAAACGAAGUUUUAUCACAAAGUGCUUCCCAGAAAAAAAAAGACAAGGCUGGAUCAUCAAACCAGCAAUGUGGGCAUGGUUCAUAUCCUUCAACAAAUUUGUGCUCAACCAAAUGGACAUACAGCACACCUGGGGCAAGGGAUUGUACCAGUGUAGAGAUACUGGUUGGUUUCUGGGACUCUUGGCAAAAAUGUUUCUGGUGGGAGCUAAAAUGGUUGAAAACAAGUGAGAGCAAGCUCGCAUCAGACAGGUGACGGCUUCGAAUUGUCCCUUCAGGUACCUUUUAAUGGCAUCAAGAUACCAUUGCAGCCAAUCGAAAGCCUUUGCUCCUGUCAAGUGUCCUUGAUCACUGGCUGACAUUUGACCAUUGACCCCUUAGACGGAGAUCAUACUUCUACCACUGCCUGUCCUGUGAUGUCUGCUGUUCAGGUUUUGUGAUCUGGAUGCGGUUCUGGAAGUCCUUAGGGGCUUUUCUAACCCUUUGAAUCUAGAUUUAGCCCUGGCUUUGAAGAAACAUCCCUGGGUGAGUUUUCGCUCCAAGGGACGAACACAAACAGCAAGAGGAAAGACGUAAGACUGAACAGGCAAACUCGAGGUCACCAUGAUGCCUUCACUUCUCAUUUCAUUUUCGGGAAAUCCAAAGACUGAAAGACGAAAUGUUUUGGGUGUAGCAGCUGUGGUCCUCCUCUGUGGUUGACGGGGAGGGCAUACGAACAUUUCUACUUUUAAACUUUCCUUUCUAUCAUUCUUUAUGGUGUACAUCUUUGGAUCGCAGCAUGAGAACCGAUAUUUUGUACAUAUUUCCACUUCUACGUAUUUUUGCACGCACCCACAAACUCGAACACAUGCACGACUAUGUUGAAUUUCUUAUUGGCUGUUUGUCCCGAGGUGUUUCAAAGUUUUAAAAGUUUUAGAAUUUGUCCUAUUUCGUGUCUAAGGCUCAUGAUAUACUUGCUUUUAAAAAACCUGUUUCCAGACCUCAGAAUUGCCACCCAAACUGGCCUGGUGCUCUGCUCAUUGUCAGUUUUUUCCUGCUGUAGACAGGAUUUAGAAUAAAGAUGCCACGUUCCUGUGCCAGAGUGAGAAAAGUAGCCACAUCAUAUGAUCUAUAGGAGCGAAAAAGUGCCUCCCUUGCAGUUUUGCCAAAUACGGCAUUUACGAAUCGCCUGAAAUACCAUCUCAUGCAAGCGUAAAACCUUUGAGAUAAACAGGAGUUUUUUCAAAAUUGACAUGUUUCCAUUAGGUGAAUUUUGUAUUGGAGUUUGAAUUUGUGCAGUUUGAGGGUUAAUGGAAACCCACCUACAGAUGGAGUUUGAUGAUUUGCAGAUAAAAAAGUAAGGGCCUGAUUGGACAGAGUGUGUUUUAGCAACCUGAGGCAGCUUUUUGUGUUGGUUUUCAAUGAGAGUGAAGUGUUUUGCUCACUGCUUUUGCGUUGCUGAACGUCUCAUGUUUUUUGGCUUUAUGCAGAUCUUUGGCUUCCUGUAGAUCUUUAGAUUUCACUCAUAAACAUCAAAUAAACAUCUGUAGACUUACUGUUAAAGACACAAUGCAGGAUACACAAACUGGGUUAAAAGCAAGUAUAUCUACGCUCAAAAACCGACUGAACAUGACAGAAAACCUAAAGGUAAUCAUUAUUUUCAGUUGCUCGCAGUAACUCCACACAGAGAUGUUGAGUGGACGUGCAGUCUUUGAGGUUUGUAUUUCUGCCACAAACAAAGAAUUUAACCAGAAAAUCUUUGAUCUGUUUGUUUGGAUUUGUAUUCAUAUGUGGCCUUUUGUGAAAGCAGCUGAUAGAUGUCAUUCUUUGGUACGAAGCCUUUGUAUUUAGCAGUCUGACUCUGUCGUGAUAUUAUUAUCGUAAACUGAGCAGCGAUGUGACUUCUGUGAGCUCUGCAUGAAAAUAUCGGAAAUGUUCACUUUUUAACCACCAGAGGGCAGAAUACAGUCAGACACGCCGGCAAACC